CUAGCAUUACUUGGGAACGGGUGCAUUCGAGGGUGUUCGUCACCCGCAGCUGAUGAACUCUGCUUAUACUGGCGACGCUAUUAAGGGUGAGAGGCGUAGAUAGACGCGCCGUCGCCAUGGCAUGGUCUGGUUGUCGAUACACCACAGUACAAAGCCGCGCGAUACAUCUCUCCAACAAGGACCGACCCUCUACAUUAUCAAUAGACCCCUCGUACACGUCUCCAGCCUGCAAUCGUUGUGAAUAUCUCAACAACUCGGCGAAAUUGAGCUCUUGACCGUAUGGACAACAGUGGAGCUCCGAGCCUCCCCAAGUUCACGCCUGGCGAUGAACAGGCGCGGCAAGAUGCCAUGGUGGGCAUCUCAGUCGCCAUGACACUCAUUGGCAUGGCGUGCGUCGGGCUGCGCAUAUACACACGUGCCUUCAUUGUCCGCAACAUAGGCCCCGAAGACUGGACCAUGAUCUCAGCUGCAGUCUUGACGAUAGUCUUUCUGAUCGAGCUGCUGGUCAGUGCCAGAGCGUACGGAAUCGGGUUCAGUGGCUUCUCCAUCACGCCUGCGCAGAUGGAGAAUAGCAUCAAGAUGGGGCUCGCCGUCAUUGUGGUGUAUAAGUCCAUUGUGACCCUCAUCAAGGCGUCCAUUCUCAUGAUCUAUCUCCGACUUUCGGUUACGAAGACGUUCGAGCGGCUCUGCAAAGGCAGCAUCUAUCUGCUCUUCACCUACCAGUUCAUCGUCAUAAUUGUCGUACCCGCGCAGUGCACUCCUCUUAGAAAACUGUGGGAUUUCACAGGUCAAGUCCAAGGCCGAUGCAUCAACACGACCACCUUCUAUUAUAUUACAUCCAUCUUCCAUAUUCUCAUGGAUGUCUGGAUUCUCGCUCUCCCUUACAAGCUCAUCCUCUCAAUCCCGCGCCCGACCCGUGAAAAGAUGGCCGUCUUCAUCGUCUUCGGUCUCGGCCUCUUCAGCACCAUCUGCGCCAUCGUCCGAUUCCGGUACCUCGUACUUGUCACGCACUCCAAGGAUCCUUUCUACGAUUCCCUACCCAUUAAUACGUGGUCUGUUAUCGAGGUUAACGUCGGUAUCGUCUGCGCUUCACUGCCGACGCUUCGGCCGCUCUUCUCCAAGGCGCAACGAGACCGUACGAGAUACGCCUUGAACUUCAGCCAGAAGCAGGGCCAGGGCAGCAAGAGCGGCGCGAUACUACAUGCGAAGGCGAUAUCCAUCUCUUCGUUUUCGCUCAGGAGCGGAAAGACGUCGCCAUUUGGCGAGGGAAUCGAGAUGGACGUCGAGCGCCCGCCGCCGGUGCCGCCUAAGGAUACGAAGGCUGCGCCUUGGGUUACUUCUCCAGCUCCGUCGUAUCGAUAAGUUUGAACGGUGCUCGCUUGGCAGUUUGAUCGACAUAAUAUCCUGGUACCGACGACCGCCGGUCUCUAGAAUGUGCAACCCCGCGCGUGGUGCGACUUAUUGGUC